AUGUAUAGUAAAUGCUCAAUGGUUAUUAGCGAUGAUUUCAUGAAUGCAUCGGUAAGUUCGGCUACUUCGAACGGUGCAUCGGAAAUUGCUUUGUUUGAUGAGAAUCAUCUGACAAAAUUAUCUCAUAAACAAAAAAGGCGCGAAGAUGAAGUUAGAGACUUAUUAAACAGAAGAUCCCCGUCCAAGUAUUCUCCUGGGAAGUCAAAUUCUACAAAACUUUUAUCAAGUAAAGAUGCUAAAAUACGUUAUCUUCAAAAUCAAAUAGAAGAAGUUCGUCAAGAAAUAAAUAGAAUUAAAAUGGAAGGCGAAAGUCAAAUUAAAGAGUAUAAUCAAACUUUAAAGCAAGAACAAGAUGAUUUCGAAAUAGAGGUUAAAAAAUUCCGUGAAGAAGGCGCCACAAUAGAUGCAAAAUAUGUUAAACUAAUAGAAGAACUAGAAAAGCGAUUUGAAAGUUGUAGAAAACCGCUUACUGAAGUUCCUCCUCAAAUUUCACAAGAUUCAAACAAAUCAAAUGCUACUGUAGAAGAAAUCGCCUCUUCAAGUGAUACAGAGCACCAAGUUUAG